CACCCCCCGGCCCCCACUCAACUCGCUCGUGAAGGAGUCGUCCGCGUGCCUCUCUCUCUCUCUUGGGUCAUCCUCGAGUUUUGCUUUUGACCGCGGGUGGACGUCGCUCGCUCGACCUUCACUCGCCGCGUGCAUUGCGUUGACACAGAACAGGUGUGUGGGGGGCGGGCGGGGUUCAGCUCCGUGCGAUAGCAACUACACCCCCAUAAGUAAACUACUGCUGGGACUAUCGCUGUUAGCGAGCACCUAUUAAGGUAACAACCUACGGCACACGAAGGCGUCUAAAGUGCCGUGGGCGAAGGAGGGUCGCGCGCUUCGGGGCGAGGAAUGAAGGAGGCCGCGUGGAGCGUGAAGGGUCGAUGGACGGAUGCGGAGCGCAAGGUGGUGAUGGUGACGGGCGCUAACAGUGGCAUAGGCUUGGCGCUGUGCACGCGUCUCCUGGCUCGGGAGCCCAGCCUGCACCUGUGCCUGGCGUGUCGGAGCACCGUGCGGGCCGAGGGCGCUCGCCGGGAGCUCCUGGCCGCUCACCCCGGUGCCGACGUGGCCCUGCUGCGCGUGGACGUGAGCGAUGUGGAGUCUGUGUACCGAGCGGCGCAACAAAUCAAGCAACGAUACACGCGCUUGGACUACCUUUAUCUGAACGCAGGGAUUAUGCCAAACCCUCGUAUUAACUGGUCAGCCUACUUUUCUGGGCUAUUUUCCAGGAAUGUUGUAAGGAUGUUUUCCACGGGCGAGGGGCUGCUAACCCAAGAAGACAGCGUGAAUGAAGAUGGGCUGCAGCACGUUUUCACGACCAAUGUCUUUGGACAUUUUAUCUUGAUACGUCAAUUGGAGGAUUUGCUUUGUCAUCCAGACACGCCAUCACAGCUUGUGUGGACUUCUUCGAGCAAUGCAAGAGCAUCAGCCUUCAAUGCCAGUGAUCCUCAACACAAGAAAGGCUGUGAGCCCUACAGCUCAUCCAAAUACGCAGUCGAUUUACUGAGCGUGGUACUCAACCAGCAGUACAAUGAGAAGGGACUGUACUCGAGUGUGGUUUGCCCUGGUUUGGUAAUGACAAAUAUGACAUACAACAUAUUGCCUGCCUUCUUCUGGACUCUAAUCCUUCCAAUCAUGUGGCUGAUCAGGAUGUUCACGAACACGUAUACUUUAUCUCCAAAAAAUGGCGCUGAAGCUCUGGUGUGGUUGUUUGGAAAGAAGCCAGUCUCGUUGGAUCCACUGGUCAAAUACAAAAGCUCCACGUCAGGAAUGGGCAAAAACUAUGUUCAGGCUGACAAGAUGAACGUUAAUCUGGAGGAUGCUGAACGAUUUUUUGAAUACUUAAUCAAGUUGGAAGCAGAAAUGAACGAGAAGUAUAAAUGAAAGCAAUGCCCUCUGUAACAUGAAUGUAUGCUCCUUAAAACAAAGGGAUUAUAUUGUUGAGAAUUAUGAGUACAUUUUGUAUAAAGAUGCAAUUCUCUGUUCAUUAAAACUGCGGUGUAUUAUAUAUACGCAUCGAUUCAUUCCAGUUUGUUCCUGUGCAAUAAAUGCAAUGAGUUGAUUAAUAUAAUUAUUCGUCACAUUGGUGUCAUUAAACAUUUUUUGUGAUA